AGUCGAUUGGUGUCGAGUCGUCGACGACAGAAUGUGCGUGCAUGUGUAUGUGUAUGUGUAGUGUACGCGACAGACGAGACGGUGAUACGAGUGUCGGAGAGGAAAACUGAAUUGGGGAAAGAAAAAAUUGAAAUUAAGUCAGUCCGAUAAAAAUCCCGAGGAAGUGUUGUGUAUCUCGCUCCGGUCGUUCACACUGAUAAAUUUUUUCUCAGUAAAAAUAUUGUUUCUGCGUGCGAGCGUAUUGUUUCACGGCCAAAAGGAGUACCUACACAACGAACACUUUCGACGCCGCUAAACUCCUUCGUCAUGUCCACCAUCGUCACCGCUUCCGUAACGCACUGAGUCCCGACCGAGAGGAGGGCUUCUCAUAGAGGGACUCUUUGAAUGACUUCGUCACGCCACUGCAGCAAGGUACGAUCCCCGACUCCCAGACACUACCUGAUUAGGAUUCGCGAAAAACUUUGGACGAUUCCUUUUUCUCGGGUGCAUACUAAUAGUGGACGAAGGGGUGUAUGUUCAUUGAUAACCGUUUCGGCGAGUUCUCCCCCAAGCCCUUUCUGUACCCGUUUUACGGGUGGGGGGGUUGCUGAUUCGCCAUAGACCGUACAGGAAACUGCCCAUUAAACAUAAUCAAAUUUAAUGUCACCUUUGUAGUGAUCAUUGAUUACAAUUUUAUAAUAGGUACACAUAGAUUCUCUCAUUCCCGUAGUGACAAAACGUAUUAAGACGCUGCACUAGCCCAGUAGAUUGAUUAUGGGUUAUUAAGAGAAUUAUUCUGUGGAGCCAUUUUUAGUAACUGUUAAUUUAUUAAUCAUUCUACUAUCUAUUAUAUGUUAUAGGUUCUGCUAAAUAGGGUGUAAAGUAUAUUGUUUAAUACUUUUUUCAACUAUAAUAAUUAUGCCGGCUGUCAGAGGAGAUGGUAUGCGGGGAUUAGCUGUUUUUAUUUCAGACAUCAGAAACUGUAAGUUACUGUUAUACGCCCUGAAUAAUUUAUAAAAUUGUAAAAUUAUUAAAACUUUCUGUGCAAAUAAUCAGACACAUUUGAAUUGUUUAAAAUAUGUAAUUUUUUAAACCUAGUAUGAAAAGUAUAUUUUUGGGUUUUUUCAUUUAGAAACUGCUUACUGUCAUUAAAUGUACCUAUUUAUAUUUUUGAAAUUUUUGUAAUUAAAACAGAUACCUACCUCAUUGUAUGUUCUAGAUUUAGGUAUGUAUAUAUAGAGGUAUACAACUAAUUUUAAAUAACAAAAUGAAAAAUAAAUAUAUAGGUGUAUUACUUAUAUCAUAGUAACUACUAACCACCCACAUUUAAUCAAUUUAAUCAAAUUAUUUAAAACAAAAUAAUGGGUACUUUUAUUAUAAUACAAAUAUUUUAUUAUUAAUUUAUCACCUUGUUUACUACCUAAUUAAAGUUUAUUUGAAUCAGUAUUACAAAUGUAGUUAUUAGUUAUUAGUUAUUAUUCAUAAAUUAUUGCAUUUAAAUAAUAUAACAUAAAUAAAUUCCACACAUUAAACAGAAAUAACAUAAUGCUCAGAGAUAAUUUAUUUAUCUCCUGAUAAGAAUUUGUACAACAGUUUUUGUAUUAUUGUAUAGCUAUUUGUAAACAAAUUGAAAAAAAAAAUACAUGUUAUUUAUAAUUUAAUGUGGUUUGUGUAAUAUGUUGAUAUUGAUAAUCAUUUUAAUAGAAUUAUAUUUAUUAUUUUUUUUUUAUUACUGUUUAGAUUAUUUUUUGAUACUUAAUUGUUUUUAAUUUUUAGGUAAAAGUAAAGAGGCAGAAAUAAAGAGAAUUAAUAAAGAAUUAGCAAAUAUUAGGAGCAAGUUUAAAGGGGAUAAAACAUUAGACGGAUAUCAAAAAAAGAAAUAUGUAUGCAAGCUCUUAUUUAUAUUUCUAUUGGGUCAUGAUAUCGAUUUUGGCCAUAUGGAGGCUGUCAACUUGUUAUCUUCCAAUAAAUAUUCUGAAAAACAAAUAGUGAGUUUAUGUCACCCACAUGUUUUUUAUUUAUCAGCCAUAUUUAAUAUUUUAGAUUAAAAAAUCAUUAGAAAUGCAUUGGGUUUCUGAAUUGUUUAAAUGAGCUAUCUUAAAAUUUAGAUAAAUCCAUUUUUUGUUUGGAAUUUAUUAGAAAUUAAUUAUAUUGAGAAAAUAAAAUUAUUUGGUAUUUAUAAUCAUAUAAUAAUGACAUACAAAUAUUUUGUGAAAUUAAAAUUAAGAAUAUUUUAAAUAUAAAUUAUUUCUUGAGCUUUGAAUCCAACUUUUAUUGGUGCACUCUUUUCUUAUUUUUAAAUUGCCAUGCAGAUUUAAUAUGCAUUCAAUUAUCAUUCACAUAUUUAAAUCAAUUUUUAUAAUGUUUUUCAUUUUUAUUUUUCUAGGGUUAUUUGUUUAUUUCAGUAUUAGUAAAUACAAAUAGUGAUUUGAUUAAACUUAUAAAUCAAAGUAUUAAAAAUGAUUUGCAAUCAAGGUACGUUUAUAUUUUUUAAUUUUAAAUUUUCUCUAUUUUAGUAUUUAAUACAAGAUUUUUUAAACAAAUUUUAGGAAUUCUAUUCAUGUAAAUUUAGCAAUGCAAUGUAUUGCUAACAUUGGUAGUAGGGAUAUGGCCGAAGCAUUUGGUUAUGAUAUACCAAAGCUGUUGGUUUCAGGGUAUGUGUAUUUCAGAUUAUGUACUGAUUAUUUAAAACAAUUAUGAACUUGUUACCUAUAUGUUUUUAUCUGUUUUUGUUGUUUAGAGAUACUAUGGAUGUGGUCAAACAGUCUGCAGCAUUAUGUUUCCUUCGAUUAUUACGUACUAACCCUGAUGUCAUACCUAUAGAUUCAAAUGGUGCAAGUGAGUGGACGUCCAGAAUUGUUCACUUGUUAAAUGAUCAACAUUUAGGUGUAGUCACUGCUGCCGUUUCACUUAUUGAUGCCCUUGUCAAAAGAAAUCCAAAAGAGUACAAGGCUUGUGUCAGUUUUGCAGUUUCAAGGCUUUCCAGGGUAAUAAAAGUAUAUUUUAUAUUGUGUAUUCAUAAUAAAAAACAAUUUUAUCUUUUUUUUUCAUAGAUCGUAACAGCUAGUUAUACAGAUCUUCAAGACUAUACUUAUUAUUUUGUUCCAGCCCCGUGGUUAUCUGUUAAAUUACUUCGACUUUUACAAAAUUAUUCAACUCCUGGUAAACAUUUUAUUACUCAUCAUGGUGGUUAAACAUAUUUUUAAUUAUUUUAUUCUUUAAAUAUUUAACAGAAGACGCAGGUGUAAGAGUUAGGUUGAAUGAAUGUUUGGAGACUAUUUUGAACAAAGCACAGGAAGCUCCAAAAUCAAAAAAAGUACAACAUUCCAAUGCUAAAAAUGCUGUAUUAUUUGAAGCUAUUAGUCUUAUUAUUCACAAUGACAGGUAAAUUUAUUAUUAAAAUUCUUGUUUUUAUUAUGUUUUUAUCAUUCCUUUUUUUCAGUGAACCAAAUUUACUCGUAAGGGCAUGUAACCAGUUGGGUCAGUUUUUGUCUAACCGAGAAACAAAUUUGAGAUAUUUAGCUUUAGAGUCAAUGUGCCUUUUGGCUAAUUCUGAAUUCUCGCAUGAAGCUGUGAAAAAACACCAAGAAGUUGUUAUUUUGUCAAUGAAAGUAAGUUAUCUGUACAUGUAUUGGUGGAUAAGUUUUUAUAUUAAUUUUGUAUUUGUGAUUAGAUGGAAAAAGAUGUUUCGGUUAGACAACAAGCAGUUGAUUUACUGUAUGCUAUGUGUGACAAAUCAAAUUCUGAGGAAAUAGUUCAGGAAAUGUUAAACUAUUUAGAAACUGCUGAUUACUCGAUAAGAGAGGAGAUGGUAAGAUUUUUAAUAUCUAUUUUUGUCUUAUCAUAUUGUUACAUGGAAAUUUGGUGUUAAGGUAUUGAAAGUAGCUAUAUUGGCUGAGAAAUAUGCAACUGACUAUACAUGGUAUGUGGAUGUGAUACUGAAUUUAAUUAGGAUAGCGGGAGAUUAUGUUUCUGAAGAAGUUUGGUACCGUGUUAUUCAAAUUGUCAUUAAUAGAGACGAUGUACAAGGUUAUGCUGCUAAAACUGUAUUUGAGGUACUUUUAUUAUAUAAUUUUGUUUAAUAAUAUAUUAAAUAAUGAUUAUUGUAUUUACAAGAUUAACACAUAUCUCAUAAUUGGUUAUUAUUAUUUGAUCUCCACCUGAAAUUUUUUAGGCGUUACAAGCACCUGCUUGUCAUGAAAAUAUGGUUAAAGUAGGUGGGUACAUACUUGGGGAGUUUGGCAACUUGAUUGCUGGUGAUACACGAUCCGCACCAAACGUUCAAUUUCAACUAUUACAUUCCAAGGUAGAAAUCAAAAAUAAAAAAUAAAUUUUAAAUAUAACAAAAAAAAAAUAAUUUAAGUAUGAUAAAUAAUUUAUAGUACCAUUUGUGUUCACCAAUGACUCGAGCAUUAUUAUUGUCAACAUAUGUUAAAUUCAUAAACUUAUUUCCUGAAGUAAAGACUACUAUACAAGAAAUACUUAAACAAGACAGUAAUUUACGAAGUGCCGAUGCUGAACUACAACAACGAGCGUCUGAGUACUUACAGUUGUCAAAAAUCGUAUCUACUGAUGUUCUAGUAUGUAGCUGUGUAGGCAUUGAGUAAAACACUUAUUAAAUUCUCGUUUUUAAUAUUAGGCCACUGUAUUGGAGGAGAUGCCAUCCUUCCCAGAACGUGAAUCAUCAAUAUUAGCUGUUCUAAAAAAGAAAAAACCUGGUCGUGUACCAGAUAAUGAAACUUUAGAAAACCGUAGUCCACAAGCUUCUCCUAUAAGCCAUCAGAAUAAUCAUGUUAAUAAUCACACAAAUGUAAGUCAACACUAAUGUUAAAAUUGUAUAACAAUUGUUUUUUUUUUAAUUUUCAUACAUCUUGAAACAAAUUUUUUGCAGUCUAACAGCAAUUCUGCAGAUCUGCUAGGUUUAUCAACACCGGUCACCACAUCCACACACUCUAGUAAUGCUAAUGUAUUGGUUGAUGUUUUGGGAGACUUAUAUGGUGGCGGAGGCUCAGCUGGCUCAAACUCUUUAAAUGCCAGUCAAAAUAAUUAUAAUCCUAAAAAGUAAAUAUACUUCACAUCUAAAAUAAACAGUUAUGUUAGCAUAAAUACAUGUUUUCUCCAGACUUGGAAAAAAUGGUUCAAUAACUGUAUUUAUGUAACAGAUGUGAAAAAAACAAACAAAUUUAUAAAAUCUUUUGUUUUCUUAUGGUUUUAUCAAUUAUUUCGAGCUUGAAGCAUGCUUUAUAUACACAAAACAAUUUUGCUGGCACACCUCUUUUAUUAAGUCAUGAUACUUGAUAAUUAUUAAAUUAUGGUACACAUGUUGCAUGAUUUUAAAAUUUUUUUAUUGUAUAGAUUCAUUUGUAAAAACAAUGGAGUACUGUUUGAAAAUGAAUUAAUUCAAGUGGGUGUUAAAUGUGAAUUUAAAAGAAAUUUGGGGCGUCUAGGUUUGUUUUAUGGAAAUAAAACUACUAUACCAUUGCAGGUAUGUCUUAAGAAACAUAACAUAUACGUAGAAAACAUAUUUUGGAACAAUAUUCUGUUUUAGAAUUUCGCCACAGUAUUAUCUAGUCCACAUCUUUGGGUCACCAAAUUGGCAAUUCAAAUUAAACCUAUUGAACCGGUUUUAGAAGCUGGUGCUCAAAUACAACAGUUGGCUAUUAUUGAGUGUGUAGAAGAGUAUACAGGUUGGUAUUUUGAUUGUUAUUUUAUGUCAUAAGUAAUAUUGCAAUGAAAUUGAUUAAUAAUAUUCAAAUCAUUUGUUUUGAUUUAAUAUGUUUUAGAUACACCUGUUAUAAAUGUAUCGUUUGUGUACAAUGGCGUACCACAAAAUGUUUCUGUCAAACUCCCAGUAACUUUAAAUAAGUUCUUCGAACCAACUGAAAUGAAUAGCGAGUCUUUCUUUGCUCGAUGGAAGAAUCUUGGCAGGUACGUAAUUGAUGAUAAUAUACUGUAAUACAGUAAAACAUUUUUGUGAUACUGGCAGCAUAAUUGACAUACCUGAUUUAAUGACCUCAAUAUUAUUGGGCUCAGCUAUGUUAGUUUGUAUUGAUUAUUUUGACUUUCAUACAGAGAUCGUACCGACUAAUUAAUAUCAGUUUGUCUAGCAAAUAUUUUUAUUUAGAAUUAAGUAGAUAUGUUAAAGUAAUCAAGUGCUGCAUAUAGGUUUUAUUUAAAAAAAUAAUUAAUUCAAUUAUUCAACUAUGAAUGUUAUAGUUGUAAUUUGUCAAUUGAAAUAUUUUGAUUAACAGAUAUUAAUUAUUGAAAUAAUAAUUUUAUUUUUGUUGGACUGCAGAUAAUUUAUUUUGACUAAUUUUUUAUAGUCUUAUGUCGUUAGAACAAUUUCCUCUAUACAUUCUGUUUAUAUGAUUAUUUAAUUAACUUUUAUGUUUUAGUAAUCAUGAUCCGCAAAAGUCGCAAAAAAUAUUCAAAGCAUCACAGCCAAUGGAUCAGGUAUCUACUAGGACGAAACUCUCUGGAUUUGGUAUGCAGUUACUGGAUGGCAUUGAUCCAAAUCCUGAUAAUUUUGUGUGCGCUGGUAUUGUUCAUACAAAAACGCAACAGAUAGGAUGUUUGUUACGUUUAGAACCAAAUAAACAAGCUCAGGUAUAUAUAUAUAUUUAAUUCUUGUUGUUAAAGGACAAACUAAAGAAUGAAUUUAGUUGAUUAUAAAAUUAUUUUCAACUAAAAGAAAAACCUUCGAAAAAUGUCAUGUCAAAAUAUUGUAUCAUAAUUUCUAGAAUUUGAAAACUAUUUUUGAAAUUUUAAUGACCACCUUAAUAGUAACACCUUUUUACUAAUCUACUUCUUGAUACCUAUUUAAGGGGAAGUCUCCUUCCCAAGACAAAUUUUUGGGCAAUCUUAAACAAGUGUCUUCACUUAUAAUCAUGUAUUUAAGUACAGAGGUAGCCAAAAGUCGCGCAAUAAAUUUGCAACACAGUUUUUAUAAAACUGUUGUGUUUUAUGUUAAAUAUGUUGUUUUCUUAUAAACCUUGCUGUUGUUGUACGUAAACAAAAUAACAAGACCAAAGUUGCAAUAUGAUGUUACGGAAACGACUAUUAUUACUACUGCGCUGUAAUGCGCGUUCCAUACAAGACGGUAGGCGUUGCGCGACUUUUGGCCACCUCUGUAGUUAUAAAUCUAUCAGUCCAAUAAUGUACAUGUAUUGGAUACUUAAAAAAAAAUAUUUAAUUGUGUGUUGAUUAUACAAUAAGAAGGAAUUAUCAUUUUUUUUUUUUUAUGUUUAUAUAUAUAGAUGUAUCGUUUAACUGUGCGAUCCAGUAAAGAACCAGUGUCAAUUGAAAUUUGUGAUCUUUUGGCUGACCAGUUUUGAAAUUCUGGUAAUAGUUAUUAGUCAUGUUAAAAACUUACUGGAAUAUUGAAUAUUUUUUUUUUUUUUUUUGUGGUUUUGAAUUAUUGUUUUAUACAUAUAAGCGCACACUCGCCAUGCAUACACAUAUAAAUCUAAAAUAAGCAAAUGAACCUACAUUAAAAUAUUCUAAGUCUGACAUCGUAUAGUUUAUAUUUUAUUAUAUUUCUUUGUGUAAUUUAUUUAACUAUUUUAUUGUAAACUAUUUUAUAUUGUAUGUGUAUGUAUGUAUGUGAAUAACUAGUGUUGUCAGAAUCCCAAAGAUGUUAAGUGGUAAAAUUAAAAAAAGAAAAUUAUUUAUAAUUGAAAAUUAAAAUUUAGGUUUAUGUUAUAAAUAUCGUCUUCAUUUUUAUUUUCAACUACCCAAAACUACUGAUUAGCAGUACUAUGUAUGAUUAUUUUCCCCUGUGUAUUGUAAACUAUUCAACAUUUAAUAUCCAAUAAAAAUAAAUUAUUAUUAUUUAUUUUUAAUAAUGAUACUUCUUAUUUAAUGUUUUUUCUUCAAAACUAGGCUACUUAUUAUUUAUGUUUUAGAAGUUACCACAAAGACCAUUAAACCAACACAUUUUUAAAUAUUACUGUAUAAAAUUAGAAGGUUCGAUAAAUAAAAAGGAAAAUAUUAAAAAAAUAAUAUCUUACAGAACAUUGUAAAUAUAAUAUUUUAUAUUAGAAUAGUAAUCAAUAAUUAUUAAUUAUAUCUGCUAAUAUUAUAUAUAUCCUACAUAGUUAUUGUGCAAAAUAUGUCGUAACACGUAAACAAAAUAUUGUUUUAGUCACUAGGCUAGUAUAUUUAUUAUGCCAUUUAAACUAUAUAUAUACCCAAGUCUAUAUUUCGUUUUAAUGGAUAUUGUACAAAAUUGUCACUUUAUUUGAUAUAUAAAAAAAAAUAAUAUUUAUCAGAGUUAAAACUCAUAAUAUAAUAUUAAGUUUUAUAAAAUUCCAAAGGGUGACUUUAUAUUUGCUAUUUACCUAGUUUUAUAAAUUAUGAUUCUCAUACAGUGAUCUAGUGGGUUAUAAUAUAUAAUAGUAGUAAUAAUUAUUAUGAACAUAUAAUGUAGGACCCAAUAAUCUCGAUGAUACAACUUUUUCUUCCUAAAUAUAUAUUAUAUUAUAUUCCCUUUUCUAUUUAUUUUUUUGCUUCUCUGAUUUAAGACUACCUAUCAAUCUUCCCAGACUUGCUUGUUCUCAUAGCUACUCGUAAACAAGGCAUAUCUUAUUAAAAUUUGAUAACGGUAUAUUAUCAUAAUAUUAUUGAUGAUUCUGCAAUAUACAGGAUAUGUUUUUAAAUCAAUUUGUCCGGUUUAAUAUUGUUAUCAACUUCCCCUCCACUUCUAUCAUAUAAAAUAAUAUAACUUUCAACUAUAAUCUAAAUUUAUUAUAUUUAAUACUCUAUACUUACAUGAUGUUUAAUAAGGACAUAUUUAUUAAUAUACAAUAAUCUUAUAUAGCUUUGUUAAUGAUAUAUUUAUUAUUAUAAUAUUUUUAUGUUCUAUGUAUGACAGUGUAUUUAUUAUACGUAUAUAUAUUAUAUUGUAAAAAAUUAAUAAUAACUUGACAUGUGAUUCAUCCUUUUAUCCUAUUUAUUUAUAUAGAAUAUUUUUUAUUUUUAUUCUUAGACAACUCUAAAAAAAUUAUCUAAGUAUAAAUUCCCGUUAAUUAAAAGCAAAUAACUGAAUUAUAAUAUAUAAAACUAUUAGUAAUUAUGAUUUAUUUUAAUUGUAUGUUAUUUUAUACUACGUUUUUUUUUUCUAUUUAAUUUAUUUUUAUGUGAAAAUGUAAUAACAAUAAUAAUUGACGGUUAUAAUUAUUUGUUUUUAUAAAAUAUUAUUCAGAUAGCUUUGAAACACAGCAGUAUUAACACCAAAAUUACGAGGAAUACUUACAAAUUGUUGACUACCUAACUAGAAAAUAUGUGUACAGAGCCCGUGUUAUUAGAGAUAAUAAUAUAUAUUUUUGUUUAAUAAUAACUAAAUUGAAAUAAAAGUAUAUUUAUUAGUGUCAUGUAAACCUUUUGUUAUUAUAUUAUUCAAUUCUGAACAUAAAAAGAACUAUUUUUUUUUUUUUGCUAUUUAUUAUCAUUUUUAUUGUUUGCAUUGUUUUAUUUAUAUAUUAUUAUUUAUAUUGAUUAUUAUUGUUAUUUAAAUCCCAAUUAUUCUCAAUUACUUUGUGUGACAGAUAUAGUUUUAUUUAACAUAAUGUCACCUUUGUAAAUCCAUAGUUAAUAUUUUAUAUUAUUAAUUUGUCCAUUAUUAUCUGUAAUAAACGUGUACUCAUAUAUCCAGUCAUUUGUUUUAAUGUUAACUAUUUUUAUUUAUAAAUUAUAAUAAUAUACCAUCUAACAUCCGAUCACAUAGUUGUAAAUGUGGUAAAAUCCCCGAAGGAUAAUAACUGUUAUUACGUAAAAAAGUACUUGUCUCCAAAUUGUUAAGUGAAAUCAAAGAACGACCUCCAAAAUCAAGCAGAUACAAUUCGGCCUCGCAAAAAUACUACACUCGAUCGAAAAAACAAGAUAUUUUGGUAGGAAAGUUGUUUAACACAGCGGUUCUCAAACUAUGGUACGCGGUUAGGUUAGUACACAGAGGCCGCAUUGUAACAGUAUGAAAACAAAUUAAUAUUCGUAAAAAUGUUUUGAACGAAUUGGAUUUGGAGUAUUUUACUGUUUUAUACUCUUAUUAUUUUGAAAUAAAUGUAAAGAAAAAAUAUGAAUAGUUCAAUUAUAGUUAUAAGUGACAGGAGCAAAAAAAGUUUAAGAACCUCCGGUAUUAAAAAUGAACAAGGAAAAUAAUAUAUUUUUGUUUUAAAAACAAUAAAAAAAAAAAAACCAAAAAUGUACUGUUUUACAUAUUUAAAAUUGUCAUUUUAUAUUUUAUUGUAACUGUAUUCCGUUAUAUGACAUAAACAUUUGAACAGACCUAUUAUGGGAAAAAUCGUAUUUUGGGUUGGAAAAACAAAUGGCAUCAGAAAUAAUCAGUUUAAAAUCAGAUUAGACAGUGAAAAAUAUUAUGAUAAAACAGUUGACAGCGAUUGCGGACAUUAAUAACGCACUUUAAAUUAUAUUGACUGGAGUAAACAUAUUAUCACAGGAACAGUCCAAAAUGGGCAGCAUACAUUUCUUGCACUUAAUCGAUCUAUCGAAAAAUGAAUAGCACGACUUCAUUAUUUCAAUAUUACGUUGGCGGUGUUUGUCGAUGGUGGUCAACGGUUUCGGGUCUAAAUCGCCCACCUUGACGCGGACAGCGUAACGGCAGCCAUCAAACUUGAUGGUGGCGCAGCCGUCCGCGUCAAUUGUUUGGCAAAACGUCACGAACACGGAACAAUCGCGGGCGGUAACGGCCAUCAAGUAAUUGUCUACCGGUUCGGUAAUUCGUUUGUAAUGAUCGGGGGGAGACUGUAGGCGAGAAACAUGGCCAAACAGAUCGGCAUCGAGUCCGCACUUUGCGAGUCUUUUAUACUUUUCGCACACUUUCGAAAAACCGCAAGUUUGCGCUUUUUGCAUAGCCAGUAUGCUUUGGAGCACACAGGUACUGGGCAUCGGCUUCGUGUUGAAGUUGCACACUCGGUUCUUCGGAUAUGCCGGAUGUUCUUGGCUAUCGUCCUCGUCGACGUCCAACGGCACUGGUAGAUCUUCUAUGCAAUCGCCGAGCAGUGCGGCAGCGACAAAUCGCGCCAACCACGAGGCACGGCCACCAAAUAACGUCGUGCAGUCGGACCAAUCGACCGGAACACCGUCCAUGAACAUUUUCAAGUUGUUCUGUGGAGUCUGGAGCAGUGACUUCACGGCGUGUUCAAUUCGUAAUCUACAGCCGGAAAACAGGUCCAACGGGCAGUAUCGGCUGAACUCUCUUGUUUUCAGCACUUUCGUGAACUGUUGGCUGCAGAACGCACACUUAGAGCCCAAGCCGAAAUUCGACAUGGCGACCCUGUCGGCGUCAAUUAACCAGCCCUGUUUGGGUUUGAUUUCGACGCAGUACACCGGUCCAACAUUGACUACGGUUCGUGGCAACAACGUGUAAUCCGCGUAGACAGUCACCAUGCCGCCGGCACUCCACAGACGUUUGUGGAUCCGGUCGUGCGGCCUGAUGCUAAUGAGGCGAUUGUCUAGUUCACGAAGAUCUUUGACGGGCAUGGACGUUAGCAAAGGCACAUCCGCGUAAUCCGCGAAAUACAUCUGCCGGAUCAUGCGGCAAAAUUCCAUUUGCGCAUUUAGCAUUAAGGACUUUUUCAUAUGGUCUUCGCUAUCUUGAACUAUAUCAUAUUUCAACACUCGCAUGAUCACCCUGUCAUCGUUAUCGGGCAAGCCAAGUAUGAUGUUGGCGUUGCCCUCUCCUUUGUAAUAAUAACGUGAAUGGUCGGACAUCAUUAUCAACCUAUAAUCGUUGUCGGACUCACUGAUCCAGCUUGGACCCGCCAUGAUCACAGUUGACAAUUAAUUUUCUUCUCCUCCGAAUAAACAAUAAAUUAUCAGCAUUCACUGUCUAUAUUACAAUUUUUAUUUACUAACACUAAUAUUUAAUAAUUUUUUUUUUUAGAGUAGUUUGGUACUAUAAUAUUUUGGACUUGACUUGAAUGUUAUCACUUUGCGGCCAAAUAAUUGUCCACGGCCGAGUUGAAUUUUUCGAUGUAUCUUAAAUGAAUAUUGUGUUUUCCGUCCGGAUACACUUCAAGCCUGUAACAGACAAAACGGAAUAGGUAAGAAUCAGUGGCAUCAUUUGGAAUUCGCAAGGUAUACAAUUUUGUAUUUAAAAUCCAAUAUUAA